GACAUCUGUGCCUGUUGUUAAUAUCCCUGCUACACGGUUGCAGUCAUAAGUCGAAUCGCGAGUCUACCACUGCCAGCCCUCGGUCUAGUGUUGAGACGUUCACCACUGAAGAGACCGGGGAGCCUAUGCGACGUGGUCAGGUGCAGUGGAAUGAGGGGCAGAGGAGCACGAAUGCGGUCACUAUUACUCUCGAUCAUCGUAUGACGGACCAUAGCAAGUACCAAACCAUCCACGGUUUUGGAGGGUCCUUCACCCAGGCAGCAGCGUAUCUCUAUAAAAAUCUCGACAGAUCGACUCAAGAGCAGUUCAUGAAACUAGUUUUCUCUCCAGAGGGGUUACACUAUAGUUUAGGCAGAGUACCCAUCAACUCCUGCGACUUCUCUCCUGAAAC